UCUCAGUUACUGCUAUUCCAACUAUCAAACUUCAAAGGUCAUGGUCGAAACCGAUAAAAUUAUGUCCUAAGUUGAACAGUGACCUUUGAUCCCCAGUCCAGAACGAAAAUGGCUGUUGUAAAUCCAGAGCUUGUUCGUGAGAGGAAAAGAGCAACAUUUGAUCCAUUGUUAUUAACUCACUUGUUGUACAAUGGCUCCCAAGAAACUCGCAGAAAGCGAUAUAUUGAGGCAUUGGCAAGUGAAGAUCCUCAUUUUAAAAAUGGCCCGCCAGUUUGUACACUGACGCGAGAAGAAUUCUACGAUGCCAGUGUAAAACAAACUAUGAACUUUUACCGACAGACGAAAGAACUUGGACUUACUAAACCGAUCGAUUUGUUUCACUUCACUCAGGUGUAUUUUUCCGAGUUAGGUAAUCCAGCAUUCCUGCAUGAAGUUGCCUUCCUUCCGACCAUUAUCAGUCAGGGAACCGAAGAACAAAAAGCAAAAUGGCUGCCUUUGGGAAACAAUUAUCAGAUCUUUGGAACAUAUGCUCAAACAGAGAUCGGCCAUGGGUCGAACAUCCGAGGACUCGAAACUACUGCAGUAUACGAUGCCACAACAGAAGAAUUCGUUUUGAACUCCCCAACACUGACAUCCAUCAAAUUUUGGCCAGGCGGAUUGGCCAAGCUGUGCAACAUCUGUGUAGUGGCAGCUCAGCUCUACACUCGAGGAAAGCAUCACGGUCUCCAGUUUUUCAUCGUACCACUGCGCGACUUCGACACACAUGAAACUCUGCCUGGGGUCACUGUUGGAGAUAUUGGAACCAAGUUUUCUUUUGGGGGUAUCGACAACGGGUUCCUCAAACUUGAAAGUGUGAGAAUACCACGGAACUACAUGUUGAUGCGUCAUUCGCAGGUGUUAAUGGAUGGCACGUUUGUGAAACCAAAGAAUCCAAAAAUGGCUUACGGUUCAAUGACUAGCAUUCGAGCUGCUUUGAUGAAUGCUGCAGCAUUCGCUCUGGCUAAAGGUUGUACCAUAGCAAUACGGUACAGUGCGGUACGAAGACAAGUGGAAAUAACUCCUGGUGGCAAAGAGGCCCAGGUGUUAGACUAUCAGACUCAACAAUUCAAGUUGCUACCUUGCCUUGCAACAGCGUAUGCGUUCUGGUUCUCUGGCAAGUUCUUGCAAACCUUCUUCCAUCAGGUUACCAAGGAAAUGGACAAAGGUGCAAUGGAACAACUACCACAGCUGCAUAUGAUAUCUGCCGGCCUGAAGGCGUUUGGUACGUGGACUGCCACCUCCAUGCUGGAAACUCUCCGAAUGUCGUGUGGCGGACACGGGUUCAGCGGGGCCAGUGCGUUUGCCGCGCUCUAUCAGGCGUUCUGUGCAGCGUGCACGUACGAGGGCGAACACACAGUGUUAUUACUACAGACUGCCAGAUUCCUUAUGAAGUGUUUUUCCCAAGUUAAACAAGGGCAGCAACUCACAGGAUUUGUUUCUUACCUCAACCGGCCACUAGAGGGCAGUAGGUGUUCAUUAUCAAGUGACCUUUCUCUAUCAUCUCUUGUAGACAUGUACGAACAUCGGGCACACAGAUUAAUAGCGAAAGCUGCAGAAAGUAUUGAACAUCACUUGACACGUGGGAAGACUGUCGGCCACGCCUCCAACCAGUCCGGUGUGAUGCUCUGUCAGGCAGCGAUGGGCCAUUGCCACAUGUUUGUUCUGAAGAUGUUUGUGGACAAGGUUCACAGUAAAGAUCUUGACACGGAUGUGAAAAACACCCUUCACACUUUGUGUCAGCUCUACGCCGUGUACGGCAUCCACAAAAAUCUCGGUGACUUCCUUGAGGAUGGCUACAUGUCGAGACAGCAGACCGAACUGGUUGAUAAGAAACUGUAUGAGCUGCUGGCAGAUGUGAGGAACAAUGCUGUUGCGCUGGUAGAUGCGUUCGACAUCCCUGACGUUGUGUUAAACAGUGCACUGGGGCGCUUCGACGGAAACGUCUACGACGCGUUGCUAGGUUAUGCCAAACAAUCAAAACUGAAUGAAAGUGAGGUUCACGACUCCUAUUACAAAUACUUAAAGCCAUUCAUGCAGUCGAUGAAGUUGAAAGUUGAUCCGGAGAUUCUGUCCAGAUUAUGAGAACAGAGUUUUGUUUUUGGCUUCAUCUACUGAAUUAGCCAGCUUUUGUGCAGGGCUAGAUAACCCUGUCUGAUCAUAGGGCGAGACGAUUUCUAAAUAUACCAGUGCAUACAUGUACAUGUAACUCUUUUAUGACCACUGACGUCAUAACUCAUGUUUUUCAGAAUUCAGGUUUUUCAGAAUUCUGUUAAAUUACUUACAUAUUGGCCAAAUUGCCAUUUCAUAUGGAAUCAUUGUUUUUAAAAAUACCGGUAUUUUAACAAAUUAAUGUUUUCAACUUAAUAUUUAUCAUCAAGACUGUCCUAUUUAUUAUGUUGAAAGGCAACAAUUUACAUCAAGACUGUCCUAUUUAUUAUGUUGAAAGGCAACAAUUUACACUGUAUUUUGCAACUUACAUGUAUAUGUCAUACAAUAAUGGUGACAUUGAUUGACAGCUGUAUUUCUAAACGUAGAGUUCUGGUUCCGGCUAUCAAUGGGGCAGUAAUUUAAUUUAAUUACAGUGUGUAUUUCCAAGUACAUGUACUUUGACCAUUUUAUUUUUAUAAUAUACACUUUAUUAUUAUAGUAAUUUUAUUACUAUUAAUACAAUACAAAUUUUGGGUCUCCGUCUGGCCUGUACAGUGAUAUUGUUAUUAUUAUUAAUUGUUGUUGUUGUUAUUGAUGUUAUAUAAUUUUUAUCUCUGUUUGCUUACACCAGAUUGUUCUGUAUUGGGCAGUAAAUUGAAAUUGAAACAUCAGUGGAAUGUUAUUGCAUUAGUUAGACUAUAUUUUUGCAUGUAUGAUUAAAUGAGUUUGUAGGUGAAACUACUGAUGGACGAGUUAAAAAAUAUAACCAUCAAUUCGACAGGCUGGCUGCAAAAUUAAUGAUAGAGUAUGUGGAAUCUGGGUCAUUGUAGUGGCUUUUUUAAGAUAUGUGUUUGGACAAAAUGUGGGUUAAAUUUAACAGUAUUUAAAGGUACAUGGAGAAUAAUUCAUCUUUGUUGUUAACAAAGUGAUUCAGACUUUAGAUUAGUCCGAUACCAGUUUUACUUUCAGUUUGGUUCUUUUCUUUUCUUAUUAUAGUUACUGUGCUAUUUAUUACCCUUGUUUCAACAAUUUUACUUUACACAUACAAUUAUAAAGUGAAAUAAAAUAUUGCAAUUAAAAUGAUAUACGGUAUGUUAAAAACCUGAUUCAAUGAGUGAACACUGAAGUUUUAUUAUUUAAUAUCAAUAUUAUAUUCUGCUGUUGGCUAACAGACUACACUUGGUGUGAAUUUUUACUGACUUACCGGUACAUGAACAGCAGACUAAUAAAAUAUAAAUUUUUCAACCUUAAUUCUAUAAUUAGAUAUUUUUUAUGUACGUAUUUGUAUUACCUGGAAUAUUGAACAUAUACAUAUUCAGUGAUGGAAAUAAGCAGAAAUUUUCAUUAGUCCACAUAACAGAUAAAUCUAGAAAUCUACUUGUCCACCUAUAAUUGAAUUGUGCAAAUAAAUGAUGUUUUAUUCAAGUGCAAGGACAAUGUCCUUGAUUGCUCAAAAUGAAACUGCAUUGAACAUUUUUAUUUGUCGACCGGAUAACCACCAAAGUACAUUUUGCUUGUCCGAGCAGAUUUUCACUUGUCAGGACAAACGGACGAGUGCUUAUUUUGAACACUGAUAUUUGUAUUGUAUUAAUCUUAUUCAUACCUGUUAUACAGAAAAUCAACACAUGAUAUAUUGUUAAAUCUGCUGACUAUGCAAAUAUGUGAAAUACUUUGUUAAAUCAUGCAUACAUGUAUAUACAUACAUAUGUAUUAUAUAUUUUUAUUAAAAUAAUUUAAAUAAUCA